AUGGCUGCCGCAAUGCCCCCCGUUCCUGCAAAGGACGAUGUUAACGCUACAUGGAAAUACCUCGAAGCCGGUGUCGACAAGAUUAUGACCAACCUGCGAGGUGGCAUGGACAUGAAGACCUACAUGGGUCUGUACACCGCUAUCCACAACUUCUGCACAGCACAAAAGGCCGUCGCCGGGUCGUCCUUCGCAGCGAACAACAACCGCGGUGGCGCUCACCUCCUCGGAGAGGACCUCUACCAGCACCUGAUCGAAUACCUCAAGGCACACUUGGCUGGCGUACAAGCGCAGUCGAAAGAGCACGUCGACGAGGCCCUCCUCACAUUCUACAUCAAAGAAUGGAACCGAUACACAACCGCCGGCCAGUACAACAACCACUUGUUCCGAUACCUGAAUCGUCACUGGGUUAAGCGCGAGAUGGACGAGGGCAAGAAGCACAUCUAUGAUAUUUACACAUUGCACCUGGUGCGCUGGAAGGAGGACAUGUUCACUGGCACACAAGAAAGCGUCAUGCGCUCCGUCCUUAAGCUCGUCGAGAAGCAGCGAAACGGCGAGACUAUAGAACAGUCACAUAUCAAGUCGGUGGUCGACUCGUUCGUGUCACUAGGCUUGGACGAGGCCGACAGCUCGAAGUCGACGCUGGACGUAUACAAGCAGUACUUCGAGAAGCCCUUCCUCGAGGCCACUGCGACCUACUACGACAACGAGUCGAAGCAGUUCUUGGCUGAGAACAGCGUGGUUGAGUACAUGAAGAAGGCCGAGGCUCGUCUCGACGAGGAAAAGGAGCGUGUGCCCCUGUACUUGCUCAACGAGAUCAUGUCACCGUUGAUGCGCACCUGCGAGCAGUCGCUGAUUACAAACCACUCACAAGCUCUGCGCGAAGAGUUCCAGAUUCUCCUCGAUCACGACAAGCAAGAAGACCUUGGUCGCAUGUACAAGCUUCUUGCUCGCAUCCCCGAGGGUCUCGACCCCCUACGCAGCCGUUUCGAGACCCAUGUUAGGAAGGCAGGCCUUCAAGCUGUUGAGAAGCUUGCGACUGAAGGCGAGAGCCUGGAGCCCAAGGUUUACGUCGAGGCGCUUCUCGAGGUGCACAAUCAGUACCAAGACCUCGUCAACAAGGCCUUCAACGGCGAGUCUGAGUUCGUGCGAUCUCUGGACAACGCGUGCAGAGAAUUCGUCAACCGCAACAAGAUCUGCAAGUCUGGCUCAAACAAGUCCCCUGAGCUUCUGGCCAAGUACACCGACAUACUGUUGAAGCGUUCUGGUGCGAAGAUGAGCGAGGAGGACGAUAUGGAGAAAUUGCUGACACAGAUCAUGACCGUGUUCAAGUACAUCGAGGACAAGGAUGUAUUCCAGAAGUUCUACUCGCGCAUGCUGGCCAAGCGUCUUGUCCAGACUACAUCCGCCUCCGACGAUGCUGAGACCAGCAUGAUCUCCAAGCUCAAGGAGGCAUGUGGUUUCGAGUACACAAAUAAGCUCCAGCGCAUGUUCCAGGACAUGCAGAUCUCCAAGGAUCUGAACGGUGCCUUCAAGGACUGGCAAUCGAACAACCUGGACGAGGCUGAUCAGAAGGCUGGCGUCGACGCCAGCUACCACAUCCUUGGCACUGGGUUCUGGCCGCUUCAACCGCCCACAACACCAUUCACAGCCCCUCAGUUGAUCGUCCAGACAUACGAGCGAUUCGCACGCUUCUACAACAAUAAGCACCAGGGUCGCAAGCUGACAUGGCUGUGGCAACUGUGCAAGGGUGAAGUCAAGGCCAACUACUGCAAGGUUGCUGGGUCCAAGGCGUCCCCCACUUUCCAGGUCUCCACCUACCAGAUGGCUAUCAUGCUUCUGUUCAACGACAGCGACAACGUCAGCUACGACGACAUCGCCGAGGCUACAAAGCUCAACAAGGAAACCCUCGACCCCAGCCUUGGUGUGUUCAUCAAGGCCAAGGUCCUGCUCGCUCAGCCUGAGGGUGCCAAGCCUGAGUCAGGCACCACGUACAAGCUGAACACUGGGUUCAAGACCAAGAAGGUCAAGAUGAACCUGAACAUUGGUAUCAAGUCUGAACAGAAGGCCGAGGCCGAAGACACGCACAAGACCAUCGAGGAGGACCGGAAGCUGCUGAUGCAGUCCGCUAUCGUCCGUAUCAUGAAGUCUCGCAAGAAGAUGAAGCACCAGCAGCUUGUCUCAGAGACCAUUCAACAGAUCAAGAACCGCUUCAUGCCCCGCGUCCCGGACAUCAAGAAGUGUAUUGAUAUCCUUCUCGAGAAGGAGUACCUCGAGCGCUUGGAAGACGACGAGCUCGGCUACCUCGCAUGA